AUGAGCGUGAAUAUUAUCAUUUUCACUCGAUCAGUUUACUGUAUGUUAACACUAACCAUCCCAUUCAUUGCAUUUACGGCUGCAGUAACUGCAACUAUCGGACGGACGAACCGGAUAUCGACACUGGCCGACUUUUUCCUCUUUUCAAUUUCAUUUCUCUCUCUCCCCUCUCUCUCUCUCCCUCUCUCUCUCUCCCUCUCUCUCUCUCCCUCUCUCUCCCUCUCUCUCUCUCGCUCGCUUUUUCUCACUGUUUCUCUCUCGUUUCUUCCCAUGUUCAUCCACUUUUACGAAUUUCUUUUUACUUCUUUCGCCCUUUUUCUUCUUUUUUUUUUUCUUUGUCGUCGUAGUUUUCUUCUUCCUCUUCUUUUUUUUUUUACUUUUGUAGGCCCUUUUCCUAGUUUUCUUCUCCUUCAUCCACGUCAUCUUCUCCUUCUCCAUCCUCACGUGUUCUUUUUCCUAAUCUUCAUUUCAACGGAUCGCUAUUUUCUUUUCUUUUUCUUCUUUCGCUCUGUUUUUCUUUCUCUUCCUCAGUCUUACAUUAGCUUUCAUUUUCAUAUUCUUCCACCCUUUCUCUUCUUUUCUUUUCUUUUUUUUUUCUUCUAUCUCUGCACUUUUUUCUUUUUUUUUCUCAUACACCUCACCUUCGGGGGGGCGAUCCGCUUUUACGUAUUUCUUUUAAUUCAUUCACCCUUUUUAUUCUUUUUUAUUUUCUUUCUCAUCCUAUUUUUCUACUUCUUCUUUUUUCUCUUACAAGCCCUUUUCCUUUUCCUUCAUCCACGUCACAUUCGCUUUCUCCUGCCUCACGAUUUCUUUUUCAUCAUCUUCUUUUCAACGCAACGCUAUUUUUAUUUUUUUCUUCUUUCACUCUUUUCUUCUCUUUCAUCCUCUUCGUCAUUUUAUUCUUUUUCUUACACAUCAUCUUUUCCACCGUUUACCUUUUCCUUUCCUUUUUCCUAUUCUCCCCUCGACCUCUUCUACUGUUUUUUCCUUCUUCCUCUCCUCUAA